AUUAACCAACAAAAAAGAUGAUUAGUUGAUAUAGAAAUGAUCAAUUUCAAAUUAUGUAGAUAGCAGGGGCAGUUUAUCAGUAUUCCUCAAAAAUGAAGUGUUUGGUAUUUUUUUUACUUUGUUGCUUCAAAAUCGUAUUCAGUAAUGAAAGAGAAUUAACAAUAAGCAUUGAUCCCGGAAGAGAGGAUUGCUAUUUCCAUGCAGCAAAAACAGGAGACGUUAUUGAUAUAGAAUAUCAAGUUUUGGAUGGUGGUCACGGAGAUUUGGAUAUUAUAUUCCAUCUAGUAGAUCCAAAUGGCAGAAUAUUAGUUGCUGAUUACAAGAAACCUGAAAAUAAUCAUCGAGUAGAUGCUGUGAUUGAUGGAGAUUAUAAAUUGUGCUUUGACAACACCUUUAGUUCAUUCAACACCAAAACAGUGUUUUUCGAGCUCAUUAUAGAAAAUGAAGAUAAUAUAGGAUUGGGAAAAGAUAAUAUUAAGUUUCAUGAUUUAAAUACCGACCAGUAUGAUGUAACCAUUGAUGAUGUCCAGGAAAGAAUUGAUACAGUUCGCACAAAUUUGAAUAAAAUCAGGCACUAUCAAGAUCAAUUUAAAUCUUUGGAAGUGAGAGACAGAAAUGUAAUAGAAGAAGUUUUUUUCUUUGUGAAUGCAUACUCAAUUAUACAGCUGUCUAUAAUGCUUUUUGUUGGGUUUGUACAAGUUAUCAUGAUCAAAAGCUUAUUUGAAGAUUCAUCUAAAGCACAUAUUUUAUGGAAAAGAAUUGCAAUAUAUUUGUUUGUGAAAGAUGUUUGAGCAAUAUUAUAUAAUGUGAUCAUGGGUGGAUUGUUGCAAGUUUUUAUGAUUUUUUUUACUUAAAUCAAUCACAAUUAUGUGCCAGUAUCAGAGAACUGUAUUCAUUAUCUUAUUUGACUGAAAAAAGAUGUGAUUGAAUAAUUCUAAAACCAAAGGGUAAAGGGUGUUUAAUUUGUGUUUGUUUUGGAUAUUAAAUACCAUUUCUACUAUCUAUAAUUCUAUACUAUUGUCUAUUAUCCUAAACUUCUUUUUUUCAUUUCAUGUAUUAUUUAUGUAUAAGAGUAGAAAAACUGGAAUUCUUCAUUUCUUUGAGUUGUGUCAUGUGUGUACUUAAGAUGAUUGCUUUAUUUAUUUGGUUGUGAUUAAAAUUGACAGAUAAGACUUAAA